CAGGGCCGCAGCCAUGGCCGACACGGCCUCCCCGCCGCCGGCUGCUGCGCCCGCUGCAGGGCUCCCGGCUGCUCCCGGCAGCAACCCGCUGUCCCGUAAGCUCAACAAGAUCUUGGAGACUCGGCUGGACAAUGACAAGGAAAUGCUGGAAGCACUCAAGGCUCUCUCGACCUUUUUUGUGGAAAACAGUUUGCGCACCCGAAGAAACCUGCGUGGAGACAUUGAACGCCGAAGCUUAGCCAUCAAUGAGGAGUUUGUCCACAUAUUCAAGCAAGUUAAAGAGGAGCUUGAGAGUAUAAACGAAGAUGUGCAAGCGAUGAGCAGCUGCUGUGAAGAUAUGUCCAGUCGUUUGAAGGCAGCAAAGGAACAAACCCAAGACCUGAUAGUAAAAACCACAAAACUCCAGGCAGAAAAUCAGAGACUAGAAAUGAAAGCACAAGUAGCAGACGCAUUCAUAGCAAAAUUCCAGCUGACACCAGAUGAAAUGAACCUGCUUCGAGGCACGAAAGAUGAGCCAAUUACUGAGGAUUUUUUCAAGGCUUUGGGAAGAGUAAAGCAAAUUCACGAUGAUGUCAAGAUUCUGCUCCGGACAAAUCAGCAGAGGGCAGGCUUGGAAAUUAUGGAACAGAUGGCUUUACUGCAAGAGACAUCUUAUGAAAGACUUUACAGAUGGACUCAAAAUGAAUGUAGGACUUUGACACAAGAAUCUUGUGACAUUUCUCCUGUUCUCGCUCAAGCCAUGGAAGCCUUACAAGAUAGACCUGUCCUGUAUAAGUACACUUUGGAUGAGUUUGGAACAGCAAGGAGGAGUGCUGUAGUCCGUGGCUUUAUAGAUGCUCUCACUAGAGGAGGUCUGGGAGGUACUCCCCGCCCUAUUGAAAUGCACUCCCACGAUCCCCUGAGGUACGUAGGAGACAUGCUGGCCUGGUUGCAUCAAGCUACAGCUUCUGAAAAAGAACACCUAGAAGCUAUGUUAAAGCUUGUAACUAUUCAAGGUGUGGAAGAAAAUAUUCAAGAAGUAGUUGGGCAUAUCACAGAAGGUGUCUGCAGGCCUCUGAAGGUUAGAAUUGAGCAAGUGAUUGUUGCUGAGCCAGGAGCAGUUUUGCUGUACAAGAUUUCUAAUCUUCUCAAGUUCUACCACCAUACAAUCAGUGGCAUUGUAGGAAACAGUGCAGCCACACUGUUGACAACAAUUGAAGAAAUGCAUUUGUUGAGCAAGAAGAUAUUCUUUAAUAGCCUGAGCCUUCAUGCAAGUAAACUAAUGGACAAGGUUGAACUCCCACCUCCUGAUCUUGGCCCAAGCUCUGCACUAAAUCAGACACUUAACUUGCUGCGGGAGGUUCUGGCAUCUCACGAUUCAUCUGUUGUUCCACUGGAUGCCCGUCAAGCUGACUUUGUGCAGGUUCUGUCUUGUGUGCUAGAUCCGUUGUUACAAAUGUGUACUAUGUCUGCUAGUAAUUUGGGCACGGCUGAUAUGGCAACCUUCAUGGUGAAUUCCCUUUAUAUGAUGAAGACUACUUUGGCUCUCUUUGAGUUCACUGACAAACGUCUAGAAAUGUUACAGUUUCAGAUUGAAGCUCAUUUAGAUACACUCAUAAAUGAACAAGCUUCCUAUGUGUUAACAAGAGCUGGACUAAGUUACAUAUACAACGCUGUGCAGCAACACAAACCAGAGCAGGGUCCUCUUUCAAAUUUGCCAAGUAUGGAUUCCGUGUCCCUGAAGGUCGCCAUGGCUCAGUUUGAUCGGUAUCUGUCUGCUCCAGAUAGUCUGUUAAUGUCCCAGCUGAAUUUCCUUCUGAGCACCACUGUGAAGGAGCAGAUAAUAAAACAGUCAACAGAACUGGUCUGCAGAGCUUACAGUGAGUUAUAUGCAGCUGUGAUGGAUCCUUCAAAUGAAUACAAGGAUCCUGAAACCAUACUGCACAGAUCUCCUCAUCAAGUUCAGGCUCUCCUUUCAUAGUCUGGUUUCCCUCAGAUUUUUCGGAAUCCAUGUUCUGUGUGUGUUGAGUAUUUGCAUCAAGUUAUUUUUCUGGUUUGCAUUUUGAUGUGUAACUGUACAGUUAAAUUAUGUAGGAAUGUGCAUUUUGUUUAAUCUGCUUGGCAGACGUCUAGUCUUUCCUGUGUCUUUGAAUACCUUCUAUAGGCCAGGUAAUAGAAUGUAGAUUAAAAAUUAUUUAAAUGUAUUCCUUUAAUGGAAAUGGACCUUCACAAUAUGCAACCUCUUUGAAAAAGGAAGUAAAGGAGAAAGAAGCUUUUUCCUUGCUGUACUUAAUCCUUUCAACUAGAGAUAGAACCAAUGUAUUUUAGGACCUUACCAAUAUUUAUAUUAGCUCCUUUCCCUUUUCUUUCACGCUUUUUCUCAGCCUAUCAUCAGUAAAUGCUGGUAACUGUAAUUUUAAUACAACUGAUAUACUUAGAAUGUCUUCAGUCUGUCACUUUUACAGCUCAUAAAUAAUUUCAAAAUAUUCCAUGCUGUUUUUCAAAUCCAGUUGAUUAAAUCUUUGGGGCAAAAUCUGUGUGCUUCUUUGGAAUCUAUUAUUGCUGUUGCUAAGUCUGCUAUUUUCUGUAAGAAAAAGAAACAUUUUAACUACAUGCAUGUACAUAACACAGAACUUAAUGCUUUAAAUUAUUUAUGUAAUUUUGUUUCAGUGCAAGGAUUUUGUUAUAGUGCAGUUUUUCUAUAGGGAACCUUGUAUCCGUUCAAACUUGCAGAUCUUUUAAGGCUGGGACCAAUGAAAAUGUUAGGUGAGGAAGAUGGUUUGCACAUCAGUGUGGCCACUCCUCCUUCCCACGUAUAUGUCUUUUGUUUUGCUUUUUUUAUGUACAGAAAAAGUCUAUCUGUUCUAAUACAAGCAUUUACUCUGUUCAUCAUCCAGCAAGAGAUUUUCAUUGUUUAAACGUCUGCAGUGGUGCUCCUAAAACUUAAAUACAAGUUCACCUGUGGCAGCCUCAGGUUGUUCUGGCAAUUGUGUGGGAGGGCCAGGCUGUGUAGUUUUUCUAGACUGUUAUGUAGAAAGCCAUGAGUAAAGGCUUAUUUUUUUUCCUCCUGAUUUAGAGGACAUUUGCUUCCAGUAAAGGAGGAAAAUUGUUCUCUGUUGGGCCUUACGAUAAUUUUUUGUAAAUUCCUUAAACAUAUUCUUCUUUUGGGAAAGUCUUGUUACAGAGAAACAUUCAGUAAACAAAAAGUGAAAGGAAUUGUGGGUGUUUGGGGUUAUGUUGUGGGGGUUUGGUUUGUUUGUGUGUUUUAAAGCAUAAUUUAAGCUGUUACGUUGGAAGCUUUUAAUUUUUUUUUCCCCGAGUUGCUUCACAGGUGCCACCACAGGGUUGUUACAGUUGCCUGAGUUUACAGUCUUACUAGGUGUGGCUUCUUUAUGUGCAUUGAGAGGGAGAUGAGCAGUCAUUCAUAUUGAAUAACUUAAGUAUUUUAUUUUUACCAGUAAGAAUAUUCCCCAUAUAAAAUACAUACUUGGUGCCAGCCAAGUCUGCAGUUUAGUGUAUGCUUGCAGAAGAGCAAGAAAUAGAGAGGGGAGGCAGCAAUACAUUUUGGUCUCUUGGAAAGCUCAUUGCACAAGAGACACCCAGUGUGCUCAGAAAUUAGCUUCCUUGGUGAUACCACAAUAAAGCAAUAGCUCCUUUUCCAAAUGGGCAUAAUUUUUUGGUAUAAUAGAAAAAUAUUUGAAAGUACAAGUGUCCUUGGAUUGAGCAUGAGUUCUUCUGUAAAUACAACUGUUAGAUUUAUUUUGCUUAAAAACUCCAGAGCUGUAAGACAAAAAAUUCUAGAAGCUUAGAAAAAGCUGUAAUGGAAAUGAUGCUCUUUUACUGGGUAAGGCACUUCAAAUUGCUCAAGAUUUUGCAUUAUCAUAGUAUGUAUUCAGAAUGCCGUUUAUUGUUGUUUAAUAAUGUUAAUAUUGCUUAAUAUGCCUAUAAUUAUUAUCUAAUAUGUGAAAAUUACAUCAAUUGUGAAAGGAUUAUAAAUUAGCUUAUUAGAUUAACAUACUCAUAAGAAUGAACUUCUUCCUGAAAUUACACUCAACCUCAGUCUCCAAUAAUCAGCCACUAGUUUGCAUGAGGAUAUAACUAUCUUUGAGUCCACACAGAAGCUCACACAUGAUUUUACCUUCUCUUAAUAAAAAUGCAAGAGUAUAAGAAUUGUAACUUACAAAAAUUAAAGUCAAUCACUAAUUUUGAUCUGUGCAAUGUAAAUGACAAAGGGCCACAAAUGAGAAUGAACGUCAAUAAAAGCAUUUGCUUUACUGA